AUGGCGAUGUCGAAGCAUGCCGCCGGCCUCGCCGCCGUCGCUGGCCCAGUAGUCGUGCGCCAGGUGGAGGCGACCACCAUCUGCUUCUCCGAGGAUCCCGCGCCGGCCAACACCGGCUACCUGUUCGCGGUGAUGGUGACGUGCUACGUGAAGCGGUCCCUGGACUUCCGCGGGCACGGCCAGCGCCCGUACGUGCUGGAGCAGGAGUACAUCUGGGAUGGCAGCGACACCGCCACCACCACAUUCCUCGUCAGAGACCUCUCCACGCUCCAGAGCGACGGCGCCUGCCGCUGGGCCCUCCGCGGGAUGCUGGCGGAGCUGCCGCAGGUCCGGGCGCUCGACCUUCCCGAGGACGAGUGGGACGCCGUCGUGCCGGCGGACGUCGUGCCGCAGAUCGUCCGCCUGGCGCACGGCGACGACGCCAGCUACGGCUUCACCUUCUGCUUCGCGAUGGAGGUGAACCGGCGGUUCAUACACGGCGAGCUGGCCCUCCUUAUGGCUUGCAAGGAGUGGGAGCUGGGCGGCAGCAAGAGGGCCGACGACUGCCCGAUCUGCUUGGAUGGCCUGGAGCUGGAAAGACAGCCCGCCGUGGAGCUGCCGUGCAAGCACCCGUUCCACAGCCAGUGCAUUUCCACAUGGUUUUCUAAGGAGACAACUUGCCCGAUGUGCCGUGGCGACGUGAGGCUCUGCGCUCUGCCGGAGUUUCUCAACCUGUAG